ACGUUACGUCUGGGCGGAGAUGAUAGUCAAGCAAUUCUUUUCCGGGCUUUGCAUAGUUUUUUUUUUUUGGUAGAGCAGUUCGAGUUUGUAAAAUAUAUUUGUGAAGCUUGUUAGCUAUCGCCUAUAUUUAUAAUUUGAAUGCAAUACUGUGCGUUUACAUUUCAUUUCCGUAUGUGAAGUAUUGCUACACACACUAGGGUCUAGAUUGGGUGGUGAAAACAUCGAAUAAACACAAUGUCGACAGCUAAUUUACCGGGAGAGGGCACGAGAAACGAACAUGUCAAAGUGACCAGCCGGAAAAAGCCUGGAAUCCUCGAGCGAAUGAGCGACACUGCAGGCGGGAUGGUAGUCGGGGUCGGGCUUUUUGCGCUCUCCUUUUACAUACUCUUUACCAACGAGGGUCGGGCUCUUAAAACAGCCACCUCACUUGAUGAGGGCCUUUCUCAGGUGGUGCCGCUGCAUGACAUCAUCACAGUGGACCCUGAGAAUGAAGGCAGGUUGGUGCAUCUGUCUGGGGCCCUGAGAACAUCACAGCCUCUCUAUGAUCCCAACUACGGGAUUUCCAUCCAUGCUGUCAAACUGAAGCGGCAAGUUGAAAUGUACCAGUGGGUGGAAUACGAUGACAGCCGGGAAUAUGAAGAAAAUGGUGAAGUAAAGACGGAGACCAAAUACACAUACAAUACCGAGUGGAAAUCGGAAGUCAUCAACAGCAGGAAAUUUGAUAAAGAGAUUGGCCACACCAACCCCAGUGCCAUGGCUGUGGAGUCUGUCACUGUUGUAGCUCCGUAUGUUUCUGUGGGCCCUCUCUAUCUCUCCGCAGGUUUGGUGGAGAAGGUGGACACCUUUAAACAGCUGAGUCUGGUCAGGCUGUCGCCUCUGGAUGCUUUUGUCACUGUGUAUGAGGAUUCCUUCUACCACACACAUAACCCCCGGAGACCAGAGGUGGGAGAUGUGAGAGUGUCAUUCUACUAUGCUGGACUGAGUGGAGAGAACAGCCCUCUGGGUCCUGCUCAGGUGGUCAGUAUUGUUGCUCGUCAGAGAAAAGAUCAGCUGGUUCCCUUCAAAACCAAGUCUGGGGAUGUCCUUGAGAUCCUGUACCAAGGAGCACUUUCAGCACAGGAGGUGUUUGAGAAGGAACACGAGAGCAACCAAAUGAAGACAUGGGCCCUGCGAGCAGGGGGUUGGCUGAUGAUGUUUCUUGGGAUCAGUUUGAUGACCAGAAUCCUCCACACUAUUGUGGACUGGUUACCGAUUGUGCGUGAUCUGGUGAGCCUUGGCCUCAGGAUCUUCGCUGUGUCCGUAGCCACCUCUCUCUCCCUGCUGACCAUCGCUGCAGGCUGGCUGUUCUAUCGGCCGCUGUGGGCUGUCCUGCUGGCUGGACUGGCCGCAGUGCCGAUCAUCCUCACCCGGGCCAGAGUCCCUCCAAAGAAGCACCAAUAGCCAGCCAGGGACACGAGACGAAAUUGUAACCAAAGAAAGGGAAAGUUUUGUAAUGCUGUACACACCUGUAGAGAAUAAUUUAGGACGCCCACUGCUAUUCCAGGAUAUCCUAUGAGCCUUAUUUGUAAGUCACUUGUGUGUCUAAUUAAUCUUGUGCUAAAAUUAGGAAUAGCUCAAACUGUACUGCAUUUGGGACCCUAAAUUAUACCCUGCCGUGUUAAAAUGAAUGUAUGGUCUGUUUACAACCUUCGAAGAAUCAUGUCUUCAUUAAUUCUGCCAAUUAGAAACGCUCCUACUUGUAUUCUCUUAGUGCCUUAUGUUUAUCUGUUGUAUCAUGAAAUCCACAGAUGCACUGAAUUACUUUAACUUAGAUAAGUCCUUUUAUUUUUGAAUUACUUUUACAUAUUAAGGAACACUAGCUAGUGUUUUGUUUUAUGUGUGUUAUGUGCUUCUCUAUCUGCAGGCGUCAUAUUUAAACAUGUUCUGUGGUGAGUGCUUUAAGCACUAUAGUUUCCCAUCCUAAUUCAUGGAGUCAGCAUUUCUUCACGUUUGAAAGACCAAUAAAUACAAAGUCAAAAGUUUAUUUAUUUAAAGUCAUUUGUGGUCAACUAUACAAUCUCAAAACAAUGUUUGUAACCUGUGUAAAAUAAAAAAUGUAAUUACA